AUGGCAUCUCCUCGCCUCUGGAUGCCUAUGGCGAGGUCUGCCGCUCGCGCAGGCAUCAAAAAGGAAGCUUACUCUCGUGUCCUGCAGCGCCAAAAUGUGCGAUUCUACAACUCCAAGAAAGAACCCGAGAAAUACACGAUCUGGCGACCCUAUCUUCGUCUCGCCAUUGGAAUCCCCUUUAUUGGUGCCUUGAUAUACUCGAUGGUCACGGAGAAUGUCGCGCAAACCGAAGCCCCGACAAUUGCAGAAAUCGACGAGGCCUUGAAACGCCGGUCCAAGGUCGACGAAGCGUCGCCGAUGCGUCUGCGAAUGGAGAAGUUAAUAAAGGACCAGCAAAAGAAAAUCACAGAAGAGCUGAGCAAGAUCGACGGCCAGCCCUUCCGCGCAGACACAUGGACUCGCCCCAAUGGCGGCGGAGGCAUAUCGUGCGUGCUCCAAGAUGGCAAUGUCUUUGAAAAGGCCGGUGUGAACGUGUCGGUCGUGUACGGCGAAUUGCCACGUCCAGCAAUCGAGAAGAUGCGCGCAGACCACAAGUCCUUUGUUGGCUCGAACGUCGAGUCUCUCAGCUUUUUCGCCGCCGGCCUGUCCCUGGUCUUGCAUCCUCACAACCCCAAUGCGCCAACGGUGCAUUUGAACUAUCGCUAUUUCGAGACCUCAGACCCGAAAGACCCCAUGAACGGAGACAAGAACUGGUGGUUUGGCGGAGGCACGGAUUUGACGCCCUCCUACCUCUUCCCCGAGGACUGCAAGCACUUCCACCAGACAAUCAAAGACACCUGCGACCGCCACGACUCAACCUACUACCCGAAAUUCAAGGCCUGGUGCGAUAAAUACUUCUACAUCCCCCACCGGGGCGAAGCCCGCGGCGUCGGCGGUAUCUUCUUCGACGACCUAGACGCACACUUUUUGCAAUCCUCGGCGUCAUCUUCCCAAAACCCUCAGGAAACUCUAUUUUCUUUUGUCAGCGACGCCCUGGCAUCAUUCUUGCCUUCUUACGUGCCCAUCCUAGAACGACGCAAGGACAUGCCCUAUACCGAGGCACAAAAGGCCUGGCAACAGCUCCGCCGCGGUCGAUACGUGGAAUUCAAUCUUGUCUAUGACCGCGGCACCAGCUUCGGUCUUCGCACGCCCAACGCGCGCGUUGAAAGUAUUCUGAUGAGUCUCCCUCGCACGGCAAGCUGGGCAUACAUGGACCCUGUUUCGGGAACGAGAACCGAGACGACGCAAGCUGCUGCUGAAGAUGGCCAGGUGGACGUCGAGGAAACUGCGCGCGAGCGAGAGAUUCUCGAUGUGCUCAAGAAUCCUCGGCAAUGGGCAUGGUGA